UUUUGAGUUUAUGCUUUUAGCUAAUUAUAUAUUAUUGUCCAGCAGGAAUCUUUCACCCACGACGAGAAGGGCGUUGUUUGUUAUUGAAUCAUUAUAGUUAAGAUUUUUGAAACCAUACUCAUAAUAUGGAUGCUGCCAGACUCAAAAUUACCAAGGACUCAAAACUUCAAAGACCCGUUUCUGAAAACAAGCUUGCCCGUGAUGGACCGAAGCGGAUUCCAGUUUCACAGUCCAGUGGUCACAAGCCUGUAGCCUAUGCCACACCACACCAGCAUGUCCUAGGGCCAUCAAAUGGACCUCAGCGCAUCCUCCGACCUGUAACCCAACAGAAGCUGGUGUCCACAAUCUCGCACACUAAAACCACCCCACAGACCCUGUCUGGUGACCAUAAAGGGGUUCCUGUUCAACCAAAGAGCCAGAAACCUGUUCAUGUCCAUAGCCAGAUGACCAGCCACCCAAAGGUUCAGUCUUCAACCCAGAGCCAGUCAAAGACUCAGACGAAUGCUGCUACUCCUGAGCCAGCCAAGACUACUGAACUGUCUAACUCCAAGCUGGAAAAGCAACAAAAUAGACCUGCAAAGAGUGAAUCAAAUGUGUCUUCUAAAAAACGCUGGGCCCUGGAGAACUUUGACAUUGGUCGUCCCUUGGGAAAGGGUAAGUUUGGCAACGUCUACCUAGCCAGGGAGCGUCAGACCAUGUUCAUCCUUGCCCUAAAGGUGCUCUUCAAGAAGCAGCUGGAGAAGGCCGGAGUAGAGCACCAGCUACGAAGGGAAGUGGAGAUCCAGUCACAUCUUAGGCACCCUAACAUCCUGCGUCUCUAUGGUUACUUCCACGACACUUCCCGUGUUUACCUCAUCUUGGAGUUUGCACCUAAAGGAGAGCUGUACAGUGAGCUGCAACGAUGUGGAAGCUUUGAUGAAAUAAGGAGUGCUACAUACAUAAUGGAGCUGGCGGAUGCCUUGAACUACUGCCAUUCCAAGAAGGUGAUUCACAGGGAUAUCAAGCCUGAGAACCUUCUUCUAGGGGCCAACGGGGAGCUAAAGAUUGCAGACUUUGGCUGGUCGGUGCACACACCCUCCUCAAGGAGGUCAACACUUUGUGGUACACUAGACUACCUUCCUCCGGAGAUGAUUGAGGGGAGAACUCAUGAUGAAAAGGUGGAUUUGUGGAGUCUGGGAGUGCUCUGUUACGAGUUCCUGGUGGGAAGACCUCCAUUUGAGACCAAAAACAAUGAGGACACCUACCGUAAGAUCUCAAGGGUUGAGUACACUUACCCGGCUGACAUGAGCAUCGGUAGCAGAGACCUGAUUGGCAAACUGCUGAAACACAACCCCAUCCAACGGCUCCCUAUCCAGGGUGUUUUGACCCAUCCAUGGGUGGUGGAGAACUCCACCAAAACGCCAACUGCCAUGUCACACAGCCCAGAGCAAAGCAAAUAAAGCCUGGUGUCUUGUAAAAGUUGUUUGUGAGGCAUGCUUGGGCUGCAUGGUGACAUUUUCCCUAUCGUGUACCACUUAAGAUCAAUGGCCAUUAUACCAAAUGGGUAACAUGGCCCUUUCAGCUACCUACUGACCUUGACAUUGUGUCCAGAGUUUAGUUCUGUAGGGGAUGUAACAGGGAAGUCUUUCAGAUGUUUGUUUUAUUCUUAUAAAAUGAACAUGAUUGAUGCUCAACACUUCAUGAUACUGAUGAUUGUACUAUUGUUGACUUAGAUUUCUUCUUUUGCAUGAAUAUUUCAGUCCAUUGGAAUGUCCAAGUACUGUCUGCCGCUUUGACCUUUCUAUGGCAUUUUACCUGUUGUAAAUAUUUUACUUUUGUCUGAAAUAAUGAGAAUUCUAUAAAAUUCACUGUCAUAACUUGAAUUAAUAAAUAUGUUGCAUUUUAA